UGCAGGAGGGUCGCGCCUCGCUAUCUCUCCCUCGUACGUACUGCAGUCAGCCGUUCGUUGGCUGCCGCCGGCUGACUGCACUCGACGCUCGUGUCGUAUAAUAUCGUUCGACGACGCUUGCUCGAGGCCUCCAAAAACAGAGUUUUGACCGAUACCAGCAAUGGUGUUGUCCAGUAGAAAUGGCCCGGGCGAGACGGCCCACGUGCAGCUGCUGCAGCGCAGCAAAUCGUACAUCGUACCGACGACGUCGUCGACGAGCAACAACACCACCGGCGGCAGCUCGAUGAACAGCGCGACCAAUAACUGCAACAACAACCGCAACAGCAUCCUCGAGGGCAUCCACCUGAGCAAUCUGCAGGACGGCGAGACACUGAGCUACGGUCUGGCCCUGGUGCGCGGUCGAGUGCCGGCCACCUGCAAGAGGCUGCGGGUACGCUGCCUCGGGAGCAGCAGCAGCAGCAGCGUCAACAACAGUAAUAAUGGGUUGACUCAGCAGCAACAGCAAAGUGGCGUCAAACAGACGAGCCAGCACCAGUGGGCCGAGUGGCCCUGCGUCAACGGGGACUUUCGGCUGCUGGUCGAGCUGCAGCGCGGCCACAAUCGCGUGGAGCUCGAGGCCGCCGGUCACAGGCGCAAGUUCGGCCUGGUCUACGAGCCGCGUUACACGAGGCUGAGGGUCACGCCCGUCUACGUCAUUUGCGCCGGUCACGAUGGAUAUUUCCAGGGUCCCCAGAACGAGAAUCGCUCGCCCGAGAGCGCAGCGACGCGCAUCGGCCUCGGCGCACGCCUCCUGCAGACUUUGACCGCGGAGAAACUGCACGAGGCCGGCCACGGACGCAAGACCUUCCAGCUGGAGCGCGACCUCGACGGGCCCGAGUGCCUCGUGAUGCACAGCCAGCUGCACGUCGACCGGGCCCGCGCCAUGACGCAGCGCGAGCUCUGGGAGCUGGUGGGCCGCGAGCUCAUGCAGGGCCCGCUGGCCAGCAAGGACCGCAAGUAUCUGGCCUUCCUGUCGUGCACCAGGUACUGCGGCGCACCGAGUCCCAGGACCCACGAGGACACCCUGGCCCGGACUCAGGCGCACGCGGCCCUCGGCGGCGGCGGACUGGCGCUCUUUGGCUCGGCCUGCCUGCACACCUGGCCCACAUGCAUGGCUCAGGUGCUGCCGCGUUUCCUGGACACUCGAGCCAUCGACACCGAGCAACUGAUGGACGACAGCAAUUACCGGGGCACGCACGGCGGCUGCCUGGCCACGACCCUGGGCUCGGCCCUGCACGAGCUCGGCCACACCUUCGAUCUGGGCCACACGCGCGACGGCAUCAUGGGCCGCGGCUUCGACUUCGUCGAUCGCGUCUUCCUCGGGGCGGCGGGCCUCGACACGAAUCGCAACUCGGUGCGACGCCAGCAGCCCCAGCACACCACGGUGGCCCUGUCGCGGCCGCUGAGCGUGACCGUGGUCGUGGCGCCGAGCCCCAGCCGACAGUCGCGUCCGCGCAGCCGUCUGCUCUCCGAGUCCUCGACGACCAGCACCAGCGGCGGCUCGAGGCCGGUCUCGCUGAACUUUGACCAGUCGGAAGGUCAGCGGCAGCCGGGCCAACAGCAGUCGGCGGGCAGGCUCUCGGCGCCGGCGAGUCCCGAGCUCAAUCGAUCCUUCGCCAAGAGCGUCCAGGCCGCCAAUCCCGUGCAGACCGACCGGACCUACUGGGGCAGCUCGUGCGCCGCCAUGCUCGCUUAUCAUCGCUGGUUCAACUCCGACCUCGACAAUGGUCGACAGAAGAAUCUCAACGAUCUCAAGUACGACGCUAAAAGAAACGUGGUGAGAUCUCGUCACGGGGUGCGCGUGAUCGAGCUGCGCGAGUCAGCGGGCGGCCUGGUCGUGGCGUCGCGCCAGUUCUCCGGCAGCCACCUGACGGUGGAGGCAAUGGUGCCGGCGCCGCCGCCCCAUCACGUCCAGGCCCUCACCCUCGUGGCCGAGGACUCGCUCGGCAGCAUACUCAAGUAUCCUCUGCCCACGGCCUUCUAGAAAUCAAAUAAUCUUCGCAUGCGCGUAUAACUCGGCUGCGAAUCGUAGUACCUAACAAGCUUCCCGCGCUCAGUAUUCCAAUAAUGUAUAGCUGACUCGUUAUAUAUUCUAUAAGCCUAUCAUUGAUUCGAUCGAAAGGACCAUAGUGAUCUCAUUUAUUUCAGUAUUUUCUACCGUGAGUACGAAUAAAAUUAGUCAAUUAUUUGUCAGACUUUACCAAAGGUUAAUUGAUAAAACGAAGAAAUUAAUUUUCUUUCGAUUUUUAAUUUCAUUACUUCUGAUGAUGAACUUUCAACGCGCAAUUUCAAGAAUGUUGACAAAAACUUGAAUACAUUCGAAAAAGCAGUGAUUGGCUUUUUGCUUAUAAAAUUACAUGAAUAAUUUGAGUAUUCUCAAUAUUUUGCUUACUGCCUUAUUUAUGCUAUCAUUUUAAGGGCCUAUAUUGUAAUUUUUAUUAUUAAGUCAUGCAAGAAAAGUGAAAUCAAAUGGCAUUUUCAUGAACUGCUAUUUAUCUAUAAUCAAAGUAUUAUACUUUUAAUCUCCCAAUUAUUGAAUAUAAACUUUAGCAAGCCUAUGAAUUCAAUUUGAAUUAUGUAAAUGAAAACUAAAGAAUGAAAGCUUGAAGAGGAUUUGAGAAAGAGAGAAUUGCCUUUAGUACUUUUUUAUAAGUAUACGAAAAAUAUGUCGAUCGAUCUCAUUUAAAAAAAUCGAUUGGAUCUAAAUUUUUCAAACUAUAGCUAAGAUUCAAAGAACAAAAAAAGCUUCUUCUUAAUUUGUGAUUUCAAUCUUAAGUUAUAAAAUGAGCAAAACUAAUUAAUAUAAGAUCUGCGAUAUCGACCUAAUAUUUAUGAAUAUGUAUAAAGAGAAAAAAUGUAUACUAGAUACAGACGAUGUUGACAUCUCUUUACUAAUAAAUAAAUAUCACAUAACAAUAAUACACUGAGACCUGAAUGAUAAGAGUACUGAAAAAGUAAAAGGUAUGAAUGUAGCCGGUUUUUUAACAUUAGAUUAAUAAUGAAAUUUAAAUUGCAGUCUUUCAGCAUUUAUUUAAUAUAAGUUUUAUUGAACAAGUUCUGUACUUGUACAUUGUGUUCCAAAUUUUUAUACAAAAUAAUUAUACAACAUUUAAUAAGUUCAAACUCAAAUGAUUACGUAACCUAGAAUAUUUACAAUUUAUUUUUAAUUUUGUGCACUUGAUAACAAUUGUGUUAAAAAUGAAAAUGAAAGAUUUUGAGAAAUUCCGCACAAAAUUCACGUUUCAAAUAUACAUUGUUAUUAACUAUUAAUUGGUUCGAGACAAAAAGAAGAUUAAAAAUGACUGCUGAUGUAUCUGAUUCCGACCGUUUUUUGAAAUACAUUUAUAUUCAUUUUCAAAUUAAUUUUAUAACACUAAAAAAAUGAUUUCGUCCCGUGUAGCAAGUAUUGUUAUAUUAUUAAUCGAAAAAAGUUCCAGCAUGUUGAAAUCUCGUACUUCAAGACAAUACCCCAAUGAAAUUCAUAGAAUUUAUGACGAAAAACUGCGUUGAAAAAAGUGAGAAAUAACAUUCCAAAUGUUUGAAUUUUAUAUAUAAAUGUAGAAAAUAAUUUGUGGAACUUCCUGUUUUCUUUGAUGUAAAUAAAAGCAACAUUUUUAUUAAA